GAUUUAACCAUUCACUUCUUCUUUCAGUCUCAGUCGGGUUAUGCAGCAUUUAUCAAUCUGCUGCCGAUAAUUCUACUGAUUGCUCUAUCAAUGAUGUCUUCGAUGUUCAUAUCAGAUCCAAUCUACAGCCUGACUCCCAGCCAGAAAUUCUCCGUCGCUCGCAAAACCAACCAGCUGAAGAUCCCAUACUACGUAAAGGAAAACUUCCACUCGGAGUAUCAAGGAUCCGUGGGUCGGCUGGAGGCUUCCGUAGAAGAAGAGUACCUCAACAACUUGAAACACUCGUGCUAUCGAGAACGAAAUUACAAAGAAACUAUGCUUAUGAAGGCACGUAACUUUGGCGAUCGAGAUCUGUACUACAAAGCCCAGCACAUCAAUACGCCCUCGUGCGAUAAGCUGCACAGCUUGCACAACAACUAGUCCCGAGGCGGUCGUCGUCGUCGAUCGUUGUUAAAUAGCGUUGAAGUUGAGUCGAGAAAACAAAAAAACAGUCAGCCCUCACACGUCUCUUAGCUGAAUUGCACGUUUUUAGGAUUAAUAACUGCCCAUCUACCUACAUAAAAACGCGCGAUAAAAUGGAACAGAAGUGAUUUGUUCUUCACUGUGUGCAAGCGUUUGACGGUAUUUUGAUCGUGUUUCAUAGUGAUUCAAGUUUUUUAUUCAUAUAACAAUUGUGUAAAUCCCCAUUUUUUUGUUGUUGUCAUUCUAUCGAAAGCAUUUUCUGUGAAAUCGUUGAAAUUUUGGUUUAAGGGUUGUUAUCUUUUGUCAAAGUAUAGUUGUGGAUGGAAGUCAAGUCAACAAGUAGUCUACUUGGAAAUAUCGUAUUUAAUUUAUCUGAAUUUGAAAAAAAUAAAUAAAUCUUGGAACAAUUAA